AGCCAUCAUUGUUGAUUCGUUGUUGUUGAAGGAGGAGAUGCUGCUGCUUUGACGUAGCAGUAAUAGUUGUAGUUCUUCGUUGCGAAUGUGAGAGCCCCGCUGCGAUUGUGUGUCUCUUGUGGUGCGUCCAUGAGAGUCACUCUGUUGCCUAUAGCUCUUCUUCUUCUUCUUCUUCCUCUUCCUCCACUUUCCUCGUUUACAGUGUGGGAAGUUAGUUGACGGUGUCGGUUUCUACCGCUAUUUGAGAGGGUUUCUAGUUGCAGAGCGUUUUCUUGUAGUACUUCGCGGUCUGUAUAGUUUUUUCGAGACUCCUCGACGCUGCCUCAGUGCAACCCUAGCUUGGUUGGGGUUGGAUAGCUUUUGGUCGUUUUUUUUUUUUUUUUUUUUUUUUUUUUUUUUUUUUUUUUUUUUUUUCUCCUUUUUCUUCCAGAUUGUUGAUUGAAGGAGAGAUAGUUUCUGAAGUCAUGGCUCGGAGACUUCCUCCUGGUUACCGCUUCCAUCCCACUGAUGAGGAGCUUGUUGGGAUUUAUUUGAAGUGUAAAAUCAAUAACAAAAAGAUCGAGGACAACCCCAUCGCCGAGGUCGACCUCUAUAAGUGCGAGCCAUGGGAUUUGCCUGAUAUGUCAGGUGUUAGAGGGAAUGAUCAAGAGUGGUACUUUUACAGUGCUCGAGAUAAGAAGUACCCGAAUGGUUUCCGCGCCAACCGAGCCACAUCGCGCGGCUACUGGAAGUCGACUGGAAAAGAUAGGACUGUGAAGUGUACUAUUUCAACUGGCAUGAAGAAAACCCUUGUUUACUACAUAGGGCGAGCUCCUCGCGGGGAGCGCACCGAUUGGGUUAUGCACGAGUACAGAAUGGAGGAUAAAGUUUAUGAAAAUCUUAGAGGCCCACAGGAACCUUUUGUGCUGGCUCGAGUCUUUAAGAAGAGUGGUUCAGGGCCAAAGAAUGGGGAGCAGUACGGUGCCCCGUUUAUUGAGGAACCUGACAGCCCUCUUGCUGGUGAAGAGGACGAGGUGGCCCCUGUGGAGCAUCCUCAGCCGGAGGUGAAGGUAGAGCCUGCAUUAACUCCACAGGUGGAAUACAGUGAAAGUGAAAUCAAACCAGCGGUCGGGAAUGACAUGGGUUUUAAGGAGUUGGAGGAUUACCUUUCUGACGAGCUCUUCGAAACGAACGAUGACAAUCUGGCGGAUGACAACCCAGAUGGAGUGCCUGACAACACUCCUAGGUCUGCAGAAGAUGGCAUCACCUUGGAGGAUUUCAUUGAUGAGCAGUCUGAGGCAGAUAAUGUGGACGAUUCAUGGAAAGAGGGUGUAAUCAACAAUGUAGAUGACUUCAUGCUAAGCGAUGAUAUCUCGGAUGGGGAUUUCGAUAUCAGCAGCAUACCACAACAUGGGAUGGACAUAAAUGAUAUGCUCGCGGGUCCUGCGGAGUUCGUUUUUACUGACGGCUUUUUGGAGAUCAAUGAUCUGAUUCUUCCUGGAGGAGAUCUGGAGAACUUUAGCUCCAACAUUUCUGCUGGUGAGCAUGAAGGCCUCAGCUCCAGGGGUUCUGAAAUCCAAUUACGUCCUCGAAGAAGCAGCCCUAGGCGGAUGCAGUUUGACCCUCAAGGUGACACUGCAAGACGAAUGUUGUUGAUGCGUCAUUCCGAGAGCCAGCAGAAUGAUCUUGACAGAACCCUGUCUUCUUCAAGGAAUCUACAUACCAGUGCGUCGUCUCGGAAUCUGUCGGAGUUUGCUGAGCGUGCGACAUCCAGUCUUGGAUUUCAAAGACAAUCAGAAGAAGGGUGUCCCGUUGAUGGAGAUCUCUUGAGUAUGGCGCGAGAAGAUACCGGUGAUCUACCAGACUCAGAUCUCUGGUGGAAUUCCGUAGGUACGCCGCCUUCGUCUAGCAGUGUGGAUCGGCAGGAUGCUACUUUUCCAUCCCAUGAAGGAACUUACAAAUCAGAGUUGGAUAUUGCAUCUUCUAUUACUGAUUCUGCUUCUCAUUACUGGCAGACGCCAGAUUGUCUUCCUUCAUCCUCUCCUCCAGUUGCAGACAAUCCAGAGAAGCCUCCUGGGAAAUUGUCGGCAAGAAUAAAUAGUCUCCUUCCGCCGAUUCUUCCAGCUUCAGCUGCUGAACUACCCAGCUUCUCGAAUACUUAUGUCACAGCUUCUGAUACACAUGUGACUGCCUUAACUAUAACCUGUUCAUGCUCUGAAAAUGGUGCCAAGACUGUGCAGGCUGUUAUGAUGAAUAUUGCUGGAGGGAAGGUACACCAAGAAAUGAUGUCUGGCACAUGGAAACCCUGCACCGAAGAUUGUAAACAACAAAGCUGUGUUCAGUGCAGUCAAAGAAGAAAAUCCCAAAGACCAGUGGCGAAGGGAUCCAAGAGUGGCUUUGUGUUUGUUUUCUUGUUAGGAGUUGUCUCGACAGUUAUAUGGUUCUUGCUAUUGCGAAGCUCUUGGCGAAUGGCAAGAUUUAUGCAUGAUCUGAUUUUGUAAAUUUGCCCAUUUCUACUCUUAGUUUGUAGGUGAACGGAGACCUGAGCUGUACAUUUUACUCUUUUCUGAGCCAGACCUUGUAGAUUAGUUGAUAUUUUAUUGCCUUAGGUCAAUUCAAUCCAUGGGCGAUUGAUUUGCGUUAUACAUCCGAGAGAAAUCGGGGCAGAUUCCAGACUGCAACCAUUAUGAAAUCCAACGACUGUAAUUAGUUGGAGUUAAUAUUUUGAACUAUGUGACUUUUGCAAAUUGCUGGUAAAAAGAACAAUAAUAUUCCGAUGCAAUUUGUCUUACUGAAUUCAAGUUCCCUUGUAUUCGCUUCA